AAGAAACACUGCCGUCUUUAUCCAACGAUGAGAUUCAAGAAAGUCGAGACAGAUAUAAAUCCAUGUUGAGAUACAACAUUGGGAAAUUGUGUCUUAAUAAAUAUUUACAGUUCAUUAGCUGAAUUUAAAGCUGCCUUUCGCGGUCUGCUGUCGGAUUUAAUUGAAAACUUCUGUCUUCGUUGCAGAUGGAGACAUCUUUACGUAGCCAAGCUGGCGGGGGUCUGGGGAACUGUCCUAAAGAAACCAUGUACAGCAAGGAGACUCAUGAAAUACUGAAAUUGAUGAUGCAAGAGUCGAGACUUACAAACUUCCAGCAAAGACAGAUCAAUGACAAACUGAAAAAGGGAGCAUCUCUGCCUCUGACUUGUAACCCAACAUCAUCUGCUCCUCCAUCACUGCCCAGACCGAAAAUUGUCAAAGACCGAACAAGCCGAACCCCAUCCAAGUCCCUGAGGCGUACCGCUGACAACUGUAGUUCUGGGGACAGCUACACCAGAGAAAGGUUCCGCCCCAGUGCUACUCGAGAUCUAGAGAAGGAGAAGAGGAGGCUCCAGAACAUUCUGGCUACAGGGCAGGAGGAGCCCAGACCCAGCCGACCCAGGAACAUUCCCCUGGACAAGGGCCCGGAGGAGAGGGAACGCUUCCAGGAGGUUCUGGACGAGAUUGAGGAGAGGAGGGAGUUUCUGCAGGAAGUGACUGCCCUGGGGAAACGGCAGCAGUACCAGAACAUCAUCAACACAGAAAUAUCACAGAAAAUCCGUGAGCUGGAGAUGAUCGACAAAGGCCGCAGUGCAGAGCUGAGGACUGCGCUGAUGUCAGAUCAGAUCGUGCCCAAGACUGAGUGACAGGAAAGGAACGCUGUCUACCCUGACUCAGCUAAAU